GUUAUCGCCCAGGACGUAUUUCACAACAGCAGGUAACACUAAAUCCUUGUUAAAACCACAAGAGCCUUCCAACAUGUGGAUGGUGGACAAGGCUAUUGGUUGGACUGCGAACACUACAUACACGCGAAGGAAAGAGGCCUGACAGUGUCACCAGACAUCAUGGCUGGACAGAGGGUCCACAUAGAUCAGGGCUACUCUUGGGUGGUGCUCUCGGCAGCCUUUGGAAUACAGUUUCUUGUGGGCAUGUUGGUCUUCAAUGUCGGAGCCAUGACCAGCGCCAUCUUAGAAGAAAUUGACAGCGAUCUGACCCGGACGUCAUGGGUAGGAGCGACACUGAAUGCAACCAUCACUUUACUGGGUCCAUUCGUGGGUAUUUUUAACCGCAAAUUUGGAGCAAGGGCAACAACAUGUCUAGGUGGUUUGAUCACAUUCGGUGGACUUACAGCAGCAUCGUUUGCUACAACUGUACCCGGCCUUCUUGCAACAUAUAGCCUACUUUCAGGUUGUGGAUUUGCCUUGAGCGUCAACGUUGCCGGAUCCGUUCCUGGUCACUACUUCGACAAGAAGCGUCCUAUUGCCUUUGCUGUGUCUAUGUCUGGAGGUGGAUGUGGAAUGUUUCUAGGAGCUCCAUUGAUCCGGUAUCUCCUUGAGACGUAUAACCUCAGCGGGACAAUACUCAUCCUGGGGGCCUUGUCAUUCCAUAUAUGCAUUGCCGGGCUUAUCAUCCGGCCCCAAGAAUACGAUGGUGCUGAAACUGCAAAAGAAUCAUUUGAAGGGGAACAGCUACGUUCCAAGUGUGUAAAGGAUCAAACCAAACUGUUUAGUAGUAAUUCAUCAGUGGUGCAUGAAAGUGAAACAAAAGGUUUAAUGGAUGACGAGGAAACAAAUAUUGAUGAAAACGAUCAAACUGAACCCAACAGGUUUAGCAAAAUGAAGAUCGGGUCAAAAUGGACAACCCCAAAAUCAUCCGUCCAGCCUUCAGAUGAUAUUGAUGAUCGUGAACAUGAAACUACAGGGUCUGCUCAUAAUGGAAAAUGUAAACUGCUACAAACUAAAAUUUCUGUUCUUGUACGAAGUGGUUUUAUUGUGUAUGUGGUAAGCAUUUUAUUUUGGUCUAUAGGAGAAUCGUCUUUAUACCUUCAUCUACCAAACUAUGUUGCUUCGAAAGGAAGUUCACCAAGCGAUGCUAGUACACUAUUCACAAUCAUGGGCAUCAUGAAUGUCAUUUCCAAGCUUCUAGCAGGGUUUGCUGCGACAGACCCGGCAAUUGGUUAUUACCUACUUCACAUGGGGACGCUAGGCAUGGGAGGAUUAAUCACCUUGCUAUUUCCUCUCAUGGCAAACCAGUUCUACCUACAAUGCAUAUACGCAGCAAUAUUUGGACUGCAAAUGGGAGGACCAAAUUCCCUUCUUAGUCCAAUAACUAUAGACCUUAUCGGACUCUCGGCAAUAGAAAUUGGAUUCGGAAUGCUGAUGUUUUCUUUUGGAGCUGGAUUUUUGAUUGGAGCUCCUCUAGCAAGUACCAUCUUUAAACUUAGUGGAGUGUAUGACUACACAUUCGUUUUUGCAGGUCUGUGUAUGGUGCUAAGUUCCGUCUGUGGUGCCCUCCUGCCCAUGUUCAAAAGAAGAAAAUCUGCAGAACUUGAAAUGUCUUAGAUUUUGAACCUGCGUGUAUGAAGUAACAUUGACAAAUCUAUUAAAAAGGG